AUGCGUUUGUACUUAUGCUUUCUUUCUCCGGGGCUGAGGGAGCUGGCAGAUGCCAACAGGCCAAAGAAGAAGAAGGCUGGGAGGACCGUGCGGCCAGGAGAUGCGUCCCCAUCGGCCGCGGCUACAACGAUCGAUCUGUCAGCCACUCCCCAAGACCAGUCUCCUGCUCGGCCGUCCAGAGCGGCUGGCGCGUCCUCCAUUCCCGCUGCUCGGGGUGCGGGAAAGAGGUUGAUGGAACGCGGGGUUCCUGAGGCGACCUCGAAGCGCGCGAAGGUUAGCUCACCCCGCGUCAAGGUUGGGGAGAAGCACGGCCCUGCUUCAAAGCGGUCAACCAAGUCUGGUUCCGUGGCUGUCUCUCCUCUGGCCACUACCGAUACGGAGGCGGCUGAGUUAGCAUUCCAUACUAUCAGCGAGCAACUGGAGAUGCCUAACGAGUAUACCGCUACUUCGUCAGAGAGCAACCGCCGUCUCGCGGGGACCGCAUCCCAGUUUUUCUUUGGGGCUCAGAUCUGGUUUUCGCAAAUUAUCCUGAUGAACGACCGUUUGUCUAAGACCGUGGACGACAAUGCGGUCGAGAUUGCGAAUCUGAAGAAGAGUUUGAGCGAUGGGAGGGGAGCGCUGAUGGAGGAACUGCGGCCACAGAUCGAGAAGAGUUUCACAGAACAGCUGGCGCGGAAGGACCAGGAUCUGGCAGAAGAGAAGAAGGCAGUUAAGGCGGCUUGUGCGGAGAAGAGUCGCCUUGAAGGUAUGCUGCAGAAGUCUCGUGCGAUCGAGAAGACUUUGCUUGAGGAGCAGGACGCGUUGCGGAAAGAGGUGGACGCCCUCAAGUUAGAGAAGGCGUCUUUGCUAGAGGAUCGCGAAGCGGCUGGUCCUGCUUACUUGAAUUCUGUCGAAUUCUUAGCUUAUGACAAGGCAAAAUACAAGGAAGUUGUGGGUAAUGUAGUGGCCGCGAUUCGCCAUUUGAUUCGUGAAGAGUGUCCCGAUGUGGCCUGGGAUGCCGACCGUGUUUGGGAUGCGAUCAGGCAUUGGUCGUCUUCCGAUGUGAACUCGGAGGCGGACGACUCGGCCGAGGACGAAGCGGGGGGGCGAUGA